GCUUCGGCCUCAGUCUUCGCCGAGACCUGUUUGGACCAAGAGCUCCCUCGCACACUCAACAGCCGCCAAAAUGGGGAAGUCCUUCGAUCCUAUGAGCUUUAUGAAGGAUUUUCUGGCCGGAGGCAUCGCCGCCGCCGUGUCCAAGACCGCCGUCGCCCCCAUCGAGCGCGUGAAGCUCCUGCUGCAGGUCCAGGCGGUGUCCAAACAGAUCACCGCCGACCAGGCCUACAAGGGCAUGGUCGAUUGCUUCGUCCGUAUCCCCAAGGAGCAGGGUGUCUUGGCUUACUGGCGCGGUAACUUGGCUAAUGUUAUUCGUUACUUCCCCACCCAGGCUCUCAACUUCGCCUUCAAGGACAAGUACAAGCAGGUCUUCCUUGGUGGCGUAGACAAGAAUAAGCAGUUCUGGAGGUUCUUCCUUGGUAACUUGGCUUCCGGUGGUGCCGCUGGUGCAACUUCCCUUUGCUUCGUCUACCCCCUUGAUUUCGCUCGAACCAGGCUUGCUGCCGAUAUCGGCAAGGGCGCUGGUCAGCGUGAAUUCAACGGUCUGGGAGACUGUCUUGUUAAGAUCUUCAAGGCUGAUGGCCUCGGUGGCUUGUACCGCGGCUUUGGCGUGUCUGUGCAGGGCAUCAUCAUCUACCGCGCCGCCUUCUUCGGCCUCUACGAUACCGCAAAGGGCAUGCUGCCUGAUCCUAAGGCCGCUGGCCUCAUCGUCUCAUGGGCUAUUGCGCAGACCGUGACCACCAUCUCCGGCAUCAUCUCCUAUCCCUUCGACACUGUGCGUAGGCGCAUGAUGAUGCAGUCUGGUCGCAAGGGCGCUGACAUUAUCUACAAGAACACCAUCGACUGCUGGAGGAAGGUCGCUAAGAACGAGGGUACCGGUGCAUUCUUCAAGGGUGCCUUCUCCAACGUCCUUCGUGGUACUGGUGGCGCCCUGGUGUUGGUGCUCUACGACGAGAUCCAGGUCCUGCUCUUCGGAACCAAGUCUGGCGGCGGCGAAUAGACAUCAAUGACAAGACUUCUUGCUUCCUUCUUCUCUUUCUUUCCGCGACCUAAUGCGUUUUGCGAAAAGAAAAACAAAUGAAGCAAGCAACCGAGAGAAUGAUGAGUGUGUGGGGGGGGGGAAAGGCGGUGAAAAUAACUGAGCUUUACACGCACAUGGGACACCUACAGCUGUAGCUCAUCACUGUUUCACCUUGUGUAUAGUACAUAGUUCCGUGGAACUUCAUGCAGAUUCUGUCCAAGAAGUAGACUACAGGUUUGUUUAUACAAAUCCAAAGCAUUUUUUUUUAGGAAGAGACUCUCGGACCAUAAAUUUUGUAAAAAGAAAUAAUAUAUAUAUGUAUAUUUAUUGUUGAUAUGCAUAGUUCUACAUCACACGAGAGACCCGACUGGUGAAACCAUUCCUGUAAUGCUCGUAUAUUUUAAGUUAUAUAAAUGAAACAAAUCAA